AUGGGGUGUUACGAAUGUUGCAUGCGUUGUCUGGGAGGAAUCCCGUACACCUCCCUGGUGGCCACUCUCCUGUGCUUCUCUGGCAUCGCUCUGUUCUGCGGCUGCGGACACCAAGCCCUCACCGAGACCGAGAGGAUCAUCGAGACAUACUUCGCCCGUAACCUGCAAGACUACAUCACCCUGGCCUAUCUGAUCCAGUAUUUUCAGUACAUCAUCUACGGCCUGGCCUCUUUCUUCUUCCUCUACUGCGUCGUAUUACUGGCCGAGGGCUUCUACACCACCAGCGCCGUCAAGCAGACGUUCGGGGAGUUUCGGAGCACGGAGUGUGGUCGGUGUCUCAGUACCACGUUCAUCGUGAUCACGUACUUCCUGGCUGUCAUCUGGCUGCUGGUGUUUGCCCUGUCUGCCUUACCUGUCUUCUUCUUCUACAACAUGGCAUCCACCUGUCACACCAUCAACAUUCUCUCAGAGACGCCCUCCAGCAUCAACCAGCUGUGUGUGGAUGCCAGGCAGUACGGUUUGUUGCCUUGGAAUGCGAUGCCUGGGAAAGCCUGCGGGAUGACCCUGGCCAACGUGUGCAAAACUAGGGAGUUUUUUUUGACAUACGACCUCUACAUUGCUGCCUUUGCUGGAGCUGGGAUUACACUGCUGGCUUUGGUUCACUGUCCGCUCCACCUGGCCGUCUGGCGGGAACUUUUAAAAGAACAGAGAAGGAGAGAGAAGGCGGAGAGACGUCAGCGCGCCAUGUUUGGACAGCUCCUUACGGAGCGCAGAGGGAGUCUGUGCUCUCCUUACGCCCUGAACACAGAGGACGGGUGA